GUUCCAAGAGAUGGCCGUGGCCAUCUACUGAUUGGCAGCGAGGAGGAUGCAGGGAAUGCGGAACUGCUGGCCGUCCAGCAGAUCACCGCUGUCCUCAAUUGCACGGAGGAGCUGCCACCUCCUGAGCGUCAGGAGAUGUACGAGAAGAUUGGGAUCCGAUGGCAUCAUGUGCUGAUGCACGACGACCCCACGGAGGACCUCCUCAAAGCCUUGGACGCUGCUCGCCCGUGGCUGCGGGAUGCUUUGGCUGCCGGCGACAAGGUCUUGGUUCACUGCUUCGUUGGUGCAAACCGGUCAGUAGCAGUGGCUGUGGGCUACAU